AUGGCGGCCUACUUCCGCUCCAGCUCCUCGGACAUCAGCAUCGAGGUGGGGGAGUACCAGGAGAUCCCACUACCAUCAAAACCAAAAUGUAAACAUCUGAACGCCGUCGUGUUGAGCUUCGGGGUCCUGUGCGUCCUGCAGGGGGCGCUCAACAUCGCUCUGAGGCUGACGCUGAGAGACUGCACUGCUCCUCCAGCUCCUCCUGCUCCUCCUGCUCCCAACACCACAGAGGAGUCCAGCCUGUGUCCUCCGCUCUGGUUCAGGUUCGACACCUUGUGUUUCUUCAUUUCUCAACAAAGAAACGACUUUGACUUCGCCCGCAACGACUGUCAGAUCAGAGGAGCCCGACUCGCCAAACUACACAACAGACGACAGCAGGACUUCCUCACGGCUCGGGUUCAGGCGGCGUGGAUCGGGAUGACGGACAGGGGCCGUGAGGGCGAGUGGCGGUGGCUGGACGGGUUCCCGGUCGACAGAGACGGGUUACUGUGGGCCCCUGGUCAGCCUGACAAUGUUUCUGCAGAGGAAGACUGCGGCAACAUCCAGAACCAGAGAAACUUUGUGGGUCUGAAUGACUCGCCCUGUUCCAACCUGAUGCAGUGGAUCUGUGAGAGACCAGUGAAGCAGACCAGGAAGCAACCAGGAAGUGACAGGAAGUAA